AUGGCGGCGGCGGGCCCGGGGCGCGGCAGCGGCGGCGGCGGCGGCUGGGGCCGAAGCCGGGGCGCGGUGCUGCUGCUCUUCUUCUCGCUGUCCCCGCGGCCGCCGGCCGGGGCCGCCUGGCUGCUAGGGCUGCGGCCCGAGGACACGGCGCCGGGCCGGGUGUCCCUGGAGGGCGGCGCGGUGCAGGCGGCCGAGGGCAGCCGCUUCCUGCUGCGCCUCUACUUCCAGCCGCAGCCCGAGGGCAACGGCAGCCGCGGGCCGGCGGGCGAGAGGGAGCCGCGCUUGGUCUUCAUCGAGGAGGCGGCGGCGGCGGGCGGGGGGAAGGCGGCGCGGGGCCCCGCGGAGCGGUGCCGGGAGCGCAGCGCCUGGGCCUCGGACGUGGAGGUGGUGGGACCGCUGCGCUCGGGCGGCGCGGCGGGCUCGGCGCUGGCCGAGGUGCGGGUGCGGGAGCCGCGCAAGGGCGAAGCGGCGGCGGCGCCGGGCGGGCGGCUCUUCUCGCUGUGCGCGUGGGACGGGCGGGCGUGGGCGCACCACGGCGCGGCGGGCGGCUUCCUGCUGCGGGUGCGGCCGGCCUCCCCCGCGCUGGGCGCCUGGCUGCUGCCGCUGCCCGAGGCGGGCUGGCUGCGGGCGCUGGGCGCGCUGCUGCUGCUGGGGCUGUCGGCGCUGUUCAGCGGGCUGCGCCUCUCGCUGCUCUCGCUGGACCCGCUGGAGCUCCGCGUCCUGCGCAACAGCGGCUCGGCCGCCGAGCGGGAGCAAGCGCGGCGGGUGCAGGCGGUGCGGGGCGGCGGAGGCACCUACCUGCUGUGCACGCUGCUGCUGGGCCAGGCCGGGGCCAACGCGGCGCUGGCCGGCUGGCUGUGCGCGUCGCUGCCCGGCGGAGGGCCGGCGGCGGGCGGAGGGCCGCGCGGAGCGCCGUGGCUGCCGGUGCUGCUGUGCGCGGCCGCCGUCUUCCUGGGCGGCGAGGUGCUGCCCUACUCGGUGUGCUCGCGGCACGGGCUGGCCAUCGCGUCGCGCACGCUGUGCCUCACCCGGCUGCUGAUGCUGGCCGCCUUCCCGCUGUGCUACCCGCUCAGCCGGCUGCUGGACUGGGCGCUGCGGCAGGAGCUCAGCGUUUUCUCCACGCGGGAGCGGCUGCUGGAGACGCUGCGUGCUGCCGGGCCCCACGGCGACCUGGUGCGGGAGGAGUUGGCCAUGGUGCAGGGAGCGCUGGAGCUGCGCACCAAGGUGGUGGAGGACGUGCUGACGCCGCUGGCCGACUGCUUCAUGCUGCGCGCCGAUGCUGUGCUGGAUUUCGCCACCGUCUCCGAGAUCCUUCGCUCCGGCUACACGCGCAUCCCCGUCUACGAGGGUGACCGGCGCGACAACAUCGUCGACCUGCUCUUCGUCAAGGACCUGGCCUUCGUCGAUCCUGAUGACUGCACCCCGCUGCAGACCGUCACCCGCUUCUACCGCCGCCCGCUCCACUGCGUCUUCAAUGACACGCGCCUCGACACUCUGCUCGAGGAGUUCAAGAAGGGGAAGUCCCAUCUGGCCAUCGUGCAGCGGGUGAACAAUGAAGGGGAAGGAGACCCGUUCUACGAGGUGAUGGGCAUUGUCACCCUGGAGGAUGUCAUUGAGGAGAUCAUCAAGUCUGAGAUCCUGGAUGAGACGGAUCUGUACACGGACAACCGGAAAAAGGAGCGUGUGCCCCACCGGGGCCGCAAACCCCAGGACUUCUCCAUCUUCAGGCUGUCGGACAGCGAGAUGAAGGUGAAGAUCUCCCCGCAGCUCCUGCUGGCGACACAUCGCUUCAUGGCUACAGAGGUGGAGCCCUUCAAGUCCCCGUACCUCUCUGAGAAGAUCCUGCUGCGGCUCCUCAAGCACCCCAAUGUCAUCCAGGAGCUGAAGUAUGACCGCAAGAACAAGAAGGCAGCGGAGCAUUACCUCUACCAGCGCAACCGCCCCGUCGACUACUUUGUGCUCAUCCUGCAGGGAAAAGUGGAGGUGGAGGUUGGCAAGGAAGGGCUGCGAUUUGAGAACGGGGCGUUCACCUACUAUGGCGUCCCUGCCAUCAUGGCUGUCGUCUCCUCGGAUAACGAUGUGCGGAAAGUGGGCAGCCUGGCAGGAUCCUCCUUCCUGCUGCCUGUCUCAGUGUCCCGUACCUUCGCCUUCAGCAGAGGGGACUCCCUGGCCGGCUCUCCAGUGAACCGGUCCCCCUCACGGUGCAGUGGGCUCAACCGCUCUGAGUCCCCGAACCGGGAGCACAAUGACUACGGGGGCAGCACCACGCAGCUCUACAGCAUCAGCAACAACAUCUACACUCCUGACUACUCCGUGCACAUCCUCUGUGAUGUCCAGUUUGUCAAGGUGACCCGGCAGCAGUACCAGAACGCGCUGGUGGCCAGCCGCAUGGACAGCUCACCCCAGUCCCCCGAUGUGGAGGCCUUUGACAGGGACUCAACCAAGGCUUCGACAGCUCGGGGCACCCCACAGACUCCCAAGGAGGACACCACCACCCUCCUGAAUGAGAGGAGCAGCCGGUCUGAGGGGCAGCGCAGCCCCAGCGACUCUGUAUGCCUACGCAUGGAGGCCAUCCCUUUCAUCCAGGAGGAGCUGGCUGAGCAGCAGGAGGGCGGCGAGCGGCAGGACAGGGAGUGCUGCGGCCCUGGGCUGGAGGCAGAGUCCCCAGGAAGGGAGGCUGGGAGCGGCUCCUCUCCCAGCAGCUCUGAGGAGACCUUGGGCAAGAGGCUGCUGAGAUCACUGAGUGAGCGCAGGCAGCGGCAGUCACCGGAGGGUGAGCAGAUGCCAGAGGAGAGCUCCAACUUUGCCCCGCUGAUCACCUGAACAGCAGCGUGUCCAGAGCACAGUGCUGGAGGCCCACGUGGACCCCAGGUCUGCAGCAUGGGGGUCUCCUGCCGCGAGGCCCGUGUCCAGCAGCAGCAGGUCUGCACUCGCUCUGCCCGCCCGCUCGUGCCGCCCCUCCCUGCAGGACUGCAGAGCCCCAUCCCCAGGCCAAAGGACACACUGCGGGGACUGAAGCAUCCAGUGGCAUGGAGCAGCUUGCUGGAGCCUGAGGGCCCUGGCCCAGCUGCUCCCUGGUAGUACCUGGUCUCAAGGAAGAGGUGGAGAAAGGAAAGGGGGAGAAGUGUUCCCUGCGGGCAGCACAGGGAGGGGCGGCCCAAGCCACAACACCCUCAGCAUCAUUGCCCAUCCCCAUCCUGCGAGGCCUGGAGCCCCCCACUGCUGGGCGCUGCACACACGUGCUCUCUGCCAUAAGGAGACGAUGCUAUUUGGGGGGUCCCACCCGCAGCUCAGGGCCCCAGUACACGUCUGUGCCGUGCCCAGCACCGUGCACACCCGCAGCGUACACCGACAUCGCCACAGCCCAGCACGGGAGCACAGCUCACCCCCAUGACCGGCUGCUCCACGCCGCAUUGACCAUCCUCUGCGCGAGGCAGGCUUGUGCCGAGCCUCCAGGUCAGCACUGACCGGUCUGUAGUUUUGUAGAGGCUGAAUGCAUCAGGGAUAUCGACAUUAAAAGCGAUUUCUCCCUGAGUGAUGCCCUGUCUGCAUUGAUGGGUGCAAGGACAGCUCCUGCUGCUGUGCGUGAGAUUGGGUUCCUGGGCAAGGGUUAGACUGCAGCAACACAGACAAGGGCUGGGGAAGGAGAACAGGAGGAGUUCACAAUAUGCUCUUGCAAAUACAAUAGUGGGAUACACGUGCUGGAGUACAGCUUGAGAUAGUGGCAGAAAUGUCGUUGUCCAGCAGUGCUGAUAAAACCUCAGCUGGAAUAAUGGCAUCCCUGCCUGGGUCCUGCCCUGCUAAGGAAACUGAAAGCAAUUGACAGGAGGCCAGGGGAAAGCAAGGGCUGCAAAACAACCUGCCCAGAGAGGCUGAGGGAAACGAGGUCACAGAAUCUGAACUGGUGGAGGAUAUGAAGGGGAAAGAGGAAGCUGGCAAGUACAUAAAAAGCUCCUGGAAAAGAGAAAAGGAAUAAUCUGUUCUCUGUUGCCAUGGUAAGUGAGAUAAUGGGUAAUGAGCUUACACCAUAGGAAAGGAGAAAUUUAGGUCACUCAUUAGAAAAAUAAGCCUGGUAAGUAUAGCAGAGUGCUAGCACAGGCUCCAUGCCUGGAGGCCCCUAAGGAGUGUAGCCAGAUGUCAGAAAUAACAGACUCUUUCCCCUGAGAUCAGCCCUGAAAGUCAUCCUUUAACCAUCAUCAUCCCAUCUGUGGGUGGGCACCAAGAAGAGAAAAAGCUCCCACUUUUCCCACUGGAGAGAAAAUGCUGCCUCAGUCUCAGACUUGUGAGAUAUGAAUAACCACUCUGAGAAAGACAGAGACAUAUGAAGGUGCAUGAAUCCCCUUGGCCUGACAAGGGAAGCAGUGGAAGUUUCCUGAAGGCCACAAGGCAUCUGCUUCAUUUCACAGACUGCCAACAAAACCAGAGACUGAAUGCACUCUGCAAACACAGCAAAGGAGCAAGGCACAGUUUUCCCUUUUACUUUCUAAGCUGUAGCACAACCAAAAUGCCUGAAGGCUAUCACUGACUGACCUAAAGAAAUGAGGCUGUUCCACUUUCCUCAUCAAGAUCUUGGCAGUAGUCUGCUGUAUCAAGGUAGCAAUAUCAGCUCCUGACUGUAGAGAGCAGCAGCAGAUGGUCCUAGCACUUCUUAAGUGCCAGAAACCCAGGCUGUUGCUGACAGAACCCACUAAAGCCAGAGGAGGUGGUGGUUCACCAGCAGUCUGCAGAAAAAAAAAACAGGAACUAUCCACAGGCCAGGAACUCAGGGGCAGGGAAAGAUGGCCAGAUGGCUGGGUAACACAUGGACAUCCAGCAAGGAAGCACAGACAGAACAGGGCAGACGGUACAGCAGGGGGAGAAACAGGAACACAAGAGAGACAUGAAGAACUGCUCAGCCCCAAGCGGCAUCACAAGGAGCUCUAAACUACACUGCUCCAAUAGGACAGUGCUCAGCUAGUAGCAACAGUGCUCAGAGAUGCAACACACUGCAAGGGAGAAAGGGAAACUGUUGACACUCAUGGAGAGAAGCCCAGUGGGCAAAGCAAGAUGCCAAGGCUUUAACCGCAGCAUGGAAGAGGUUGGCAUAGCC